AUGCGCUUCUUUAUCUCCUUCGCUGUCGCCGCCAUGGCCGCCGUCGCCUCAGCAAACAGCAAGGCUAACCCCUUUAGCAUUCCCACCGAAGGUUACACCUUCAAGGUCGGCGAGCCUACCGCCCUGACAUGGCAGCCUACCACCGGCGGCACUGUCAGCCUGAUCCUGCAGUGGGGAGCUGUGAUGACCGGUAACUCCGGCACUGUCAUAGCCUCGAGCAUCGAGAACGACGGCAGCUACACCUGGAAUGUGCCCGCCAAGCUGGCCGCCCAGCCAGACUACACCAUCAGGAUCGUCUCGGACGAAGAUAUCAACGACUACAACUACAUCGGCCGUUUCACCGUCGAAGGCUCCACCGUCUCUGUGACUUCUUCCAGCGCCAGCUCGACCAGCGCAUCCACUUCCACCGAGUCAUCUACCUCGGCCACCAGCACCACUACCUCGGAGAAGUCGACCUCGACUUCUUCGGAGAGCACCACCAGCUCUGCCACCACCAUGGCCACCGCUUCCAGCACUGUCGCUAGUACCUCCGCCUCCGCUACCGAGACCUCGGAGAGCUCCAGCACUGCCGAACCCACCUCGACCAGCGCCAGCUCCUCGGCAUCCCAGAGCGCCGUGCCCACCACCAACGCCGGUAUCGCCAACCGUGUCUCCGGUGGCAUGCUGGCCCUCGUUGCCGGUGCUCUGAUGCUGUAA